CCCUCCCAGGCGUUCUUUUGGAGGAGGGACUGGUGAGGAGUUUAGGUUUCGUUUUCCCUUAUGGAAGGUCGAUGUUCCCGGUGUAAAUACGGAGUUGCCCUAAAGUGAGAUCCGUGGGACUCCACUCAGUCCCCGAGAGCCCGGAACCACCGGUCGGAGCACCGCGUUCCCUUAGUGCCCUCAUUAACGAUCACUUCCGCCCACGGCUCUGGAAUACCCGAGGCCCUUUGGCUGCGAACAACGGGAAGGGCAUUUCCGGUACCUGUUGCCACGGCGCCGGUCCAGUGGGCCUAAGGGGGCGAAGUCAUUGGCGUCCUCUCCCCCCUCUCUAGGGGUAGAGAUGUCGGGGCUCAGCUACCCAGAGAUGGAGGGCUGUCGUAACCUGCUCGGUCUAUUGGACAACGACGAGAUCAUGGCCCUAUGCGACACCAUCACCAACCGCCUGGUGCAGCCUGAGGACCGCCAAGAUGCUAUUCGUGCAAUAUUAGUGUACAGUCAAAGUGUAGAAGAACUUUUGAGGCGGAAAAAAGUCCACCGAGAAAUCAUAUUUAAGUACUUGGCAACACAGGGGGUUAUUAUACCUCCAGCUACUGAAAAACACAGUCUUAUUCAGCAUGCAAAGGAUUACUGGAAAAAGCAGUCACAACUGAAAUUGAAGGAAACGCCAGAGCCAGUUAAGACAGAGAACAUUAGACUCUUUGAACAGGAGAAAGAAGAUAAAAAAGCUGAAAAGGUUGAUUUUCGUCGAUUAGGUGAAGAAUUCUGUCACUGGUUCUUUGAACUUCUUAAUUCUCAGAAUCCUCUUCUGGGACCACCUCAGGAUGAAUGGGGGCCACAGCACUUCUGGCAUGAUGUCAAGCUUAGGUUUUAUUACAACACAACUGAACAAAAUGUGAUAGACUACCAUGGAGCAGAAAUUGUGAGCCUUCGUCUGCUGUCACUAGUGAAAGAAGAAUAUCUUUUUCUCAGUCCCAACCUAGAUUCCCAUGGACUGAAAUGUGCUUCUUCUCCCCAUGGUCUAGUUAUGGUUGGAGUUGCUGGGACUGUCCACCGAGGGAACACUUGUUUGGGCAUUUUUGAACAAAUUUUUGGACUCAUCCGCUGCCCUUUUGUGGAGAAUACUUGGAAAAUCAAACUUAUCAACCUGAGAAUUAUUGGAGAGAGUUCCCUUGCUCCUGGAACAUUAAUGAAACCAGCUAUUACAUUUGAACCAAGUGAUCUAGAAGCCUUUUAUAAUGUAAACACUUUGUGUGGUCCAGUGAAGGAUGACUCAAUGUAAGGCAGGCAUUGGAUAGUGAGACUGGAGACCAAACUUUAUCUAGUGGAAAUGAGGCACUUUGAACAAAAGAGAACUAAUUUUACCUAACCCUUGAAGCAUUGAGUACUAUAUGUCAGUCUGAAAAAUGUUCUAUACAGAAAUUCUUCCAAAUACUACAUCAGUAAUGUCUAAGUGAUUUCAGAUUCAGGGAUUGAUGUAUUUUAGUUGAAAUGUCUUUCUUGACUACAGGCUAACAUAUUAUGUGAACACUUGCCUCUUUCUACUUGAGUUGCAGCAAAUGUUCUGAAGGCUUCAUGCAAUUCAUCAAAUAAAUCCCACUUUAGAUGUUGUAACUAACUGUGUGCCUUAGAAACCAGUUAAUAUUUUCAUUUUACUUGGUGGAUAUUCUGCUAAUAUCUGUACUUGUCAUGCGGGAAAAAAUUAAUAGUGUUCAAGGCUUCCCCUUUUAAUUUUCUCAUUUACUUUUGUCUAAAUCUGGGUAAUUUUACAAAUGCAUCUCAUGACAGUAUUGCUUAAAAAAUACAAAUUUUAGAGAUGUUUACUGUAAACUCAGUAAAUGAGUAAGCUCACUUUCUAUAAUGAGUAAACUCUCAUUUUAGAAAACUUGAAUGACAUUCUUAUACAAAAAGUCCAGUAAUUUAGCUGGUGGAAAAAAAUUUAAUUUGCCUUUUAAAAUAUUUGAGGAACAUUUUUCAGAGUUAUCUGCUGUUGUCCAAGCUAAGUAUCUUAAAAUCUGCAACACUUUCUGAACAAUUUUGGGCAAUGAUAAGUGCUGUUCUCAAAACAGACUUUUUUCUUUAUCUAAAGUUUCAGCUAACAGUUUUAUAGAGCAUUUAUUGUAAUAGCAUAUAAAGGAAACAUACUAUUGAAAUUUUUUUAAAAGGUUUGCCCAGUUCCUAAUUUAAAUGAGUUACUCUGUUUUCUCUUGAAUGAUUGUAGAAGAGGUGACAAAAAAAAAAAUUAAUACAUAUAUUGAGAUAUACUCCCACAUCAUGAAUUAAAAUUAUUAGGAUUUUUUUAACCUCUUAAUUUGUUUUACUAGAUUUGAGUUACAAGGUUAAGUUGCCAGAUUACACAGUUGGUUUCAAGUUUAAAUUCCUCAUCACCCAGCAGCUACUUGCUGAAUCUGAAUUUAAUUAGUAAUUUUAAUUUACAAAAAUGCCAUUUGGAAAAAAUUCAACUGGGAAAUGUGAUGAGGUAUUGUUCAUAUUAAUUUUUUUAACUUUAACUCUGCUCAUGAUCAUCUAGGGUAACUGAUAAAAUUUUGGAAGCAGGAGGAAAAAAUUGAUCUUUUUUUUUUUAGUCCUAUGCCUCUUACGUUACGAGGAGUACAAAUUGAUGUGUCCUAAAAUAAGAACUUAAUAAAGGAGGGAAAUCCCUUUUUCUGCUGUAAGAAUAGUUUUUUGUUUAGAUUUAAACCCGUUAUCUUUUUCUUUAAGUUUGAAGUAUCAUUAUAACAUGUAAUCGAUAAAUAUCCAAAGUAAAGGAUAAAAUUUGAAAUUAUUCCCAUCUGUUUUCUUUGUGCUAUUGAUGUCAAGUACUGCAGAAAUAAUACCAAAGAUGCUCAGGAUGGGCAGAAAUUACCUGUAGAUAUGUUCAGUAUUUAAUUUUUGAAUGUGUAAUGCUCAAGGAAGGCAGUAAUCUGCAUGUUCUUUUAAUCACCCUUAAAAAUGUGAAAUCUUUCCAAUAGACCAAAUGAGAAUUAGAGCUAUAUUUUAUUCCCUUUGAAUCCCCACAGCUGGGCACACAGUAGGACCUAAUGUCUAAGUGAAUGGGUGAAUGAAUGAGCAAAAGAAGCUUAUAUACUUUAUAAAAGACUUUUUUGCAUGUAGAUUUUGUCUUUGGUUCUAGUCAUUAGUGGUGGUUUUGGGGUUAUAUCAUGUUUGACUUUAAUACGUGAAUACACAAACUUUUAGACCCCAAACUAAGAUUUAGGAUAAAAUUUUAACUUUCCAUUAAAAUUUACUGACUUCCAAAAGCCCAAGGUCAGAGUAGGAUAUACUGGAGGGCCCUAACAUACCUAGAAACCAUUAUAAGGGAAGUGUAUACUUGCUGUUCAGAGAAAGAAGACCUAGUAGAACUGAAAUUUGCUCAUGAAGCUUAAAGCUUGGUCAGGCCUUUGAGAAGGUCCAAAAGCACAGUGCAGAUUGAACGCUACUUUUACUACCACUCACUACUCUGUUUAUGUUAGGGAAUAGUAGACACUACAGCUUUGUCUCUUACUUCAUUAUACUCAGCUGGUAUUUAUGAAGUUUGUGGAGUCAAGUAGUAAAGAAUACAACUAACUCCACACAUAAUUCAUAGUAAUUGGGUGGCCAAACCAGGGGACACCCGGUCUUUAUUUACUGGAGGCUGAUUUGCUAUAGCUAACAGUAUACAUCAAUAUCCUUUUUUGUUAAAAACUUAAUAGUUGUAUUGGGAUGUUUUACUAAUAUCCAGAAUACCGAAAAACGUAUUUCAUGUGUCUACUAAAAUACCAAAUAAUAGAAAAAAAGCCGUAUCUAAUUUAUUAAAUCAACUUGAAAAUGGCAAACACAGGAAAACAUUCUUGGGUUUUCAGAAAGGCAACAUUUUUAUGCUAAAGGAAGGCUAGUUACCUAGUCCCAGUAAGAAAUUGUAAUAACACCCCAGAAAAGGAUUUAAAGAGUAAUGGUUUAACUAAAUGAGAUAAUCAGAAACAUUGUGUUUUAACAAAAUGGCUCUUGUGGCUUAAAAGUUCAUAAAAAUGAGUGAACCAUACCUUGAUGUUUUUCUCAGCAUCUAUUUUCACAAAUUUAGAUGCCGUUUUCACUUUUUUUGGGUUGCAGGGGAUGGUCAUUGACCUUUUGAAAAAGAGAGCUAUAUUCUUUCUAGAAAAAAUAUGUUUGCAUAUAGUAUUACAAUGUUUGCAUAUUUCAUUGAGUUCUUGGACUUCCCUGAAGCACGUCUGUGAGUCCUAACAGGGAUCCUUAUGCUGCAUAUUCAAAUCCUGCCGUAAUAAUUUUAUUUCCCCCAGACUACUACUCUACUUUAUUAAAAAUUAAAAUUAUUUUUAGAAACUUUUGUGCCCUUGCCAGAGUCCUUAAGCUAGAGGACUGAAUCUUACUAAUGAAAGAAUAAUCUCUAGAAAGUCUGUCAGUUUACGAUAGUUGUUUGUAUUUUGUUUUUCAAUAGAUGUUGGAUAUUAAGGCAAAACCUACUGCAGUACUGUCAAGUGAAACAUUAAUGCAGAAUUCAUUUUAUGUGGACAAGACAAGUUCAAUGAACAUGCUUUGGAGAAAGUGAUAAAAAUGUGAAAAAAAUAUUAUGUUCUCAAGAUCUUUACAAAACUUUAUCCUAAGGAGAUGUUUAUUUGGUAAUGAUUGCAUAUUGCUAAUUCUAAUGAAAGAUUUUAAAAAUAUGAACAUUUCUUCUGAAGGGUCUAUAUUUGUGAUCAGCUCCCUCCCCCUCUCCUCCCCAACCCUAUUUAUAACCUUUGUAUAUAGCCAGUUUGAAGGUACACAGCCCAGCUGUAAUGCUGGGAAACAAGACUUACGGAUCUGGGUUCUCUUCAAGUUUAUAUGCAUAUAUUUAUUGAGCAUCUACAAUCUGUAAGUCACUGAAUCAAGCGUAAGAUAAAAUAAUACAUCAAUAAGUUGAUUUACCUCAACUUCUCAUGUUGAAUUCAAAUCUCAAUCUCUGGGUUUAGAUGUCUUAAAGUGAGAACUACAUUAGGCCCUUUGCUAGAGUUGGAAGGAAAAUAAUUUCAGAACUGUGUCAGAGUGCACUAAAUCCUUUCAGCUUUACUUUUUCUAGUUUGAACCUUUCCUGUAGUCUUUCAGUAAAGUGUUAAUAUUAAAAUUGAGUAUGAUGUUUACUGUGAGUUAUAAUGUACUCCAAAAUAUUAAACCAGAAACUCCAGAGUUACUUCUGUUAGUCAUGUAAUGUUAAUAGAAUCACUGGCCUUAAUCUUAUUUACCUUUUCAGUGAGUCAUUUAGUGAGGGUUCUUUGGUUAGCAGUUUUCAUCUUCAGUUUUUAGGCACCCUAAAUCUCAAGUAUGAAAUUAGUUUUAUUUCAAUUAAUGAAUUUAAGGAUUGAAGGAAUCUCCUGCUGUCCACUGCCAACUGUGUUACUUGUCUGGUGUGAUGUUUUCUGAACAAAAAAUCAGUAACUACUUAGGAAAGCCUUUUUGCUUGAAGCGUUUAGUUUCAUAAACUUGCAUUAGUCUUUUCUGUCUCUGAUCUUUUACCAUACUAAUUGUGCUCAAGUUGUUACGUGUAAGGUACUUUUGCCUCCCUAAGUAGUUCCUAGAACUUGUGAUUCCUACUUAUUUCUCAGUCUUUUCCCCGCUGGGCUUUGCACAGGAUAAAUACUUGCUACAUUUGGGGUGCUUAUUAUAUGGCAGUUACUUUUCUGUGCAUGUUGCCUGUAUUAAUUCAUUUAAUCCUGUGGACAGCUAUCAGUCUUUUAACAGGGUUGAAGUAACUUCCCGAGCUUUCAUAGCUGAUGGUAGAGCCUAGAUUUAAACCCAGGUUUUAGAGCCUGAGAGCCAAGUGGUAACUAACUACUACACAUACUGCCUCUCAUCUCCAGUAAGUUUUUUUUGUUUUUUGGCUGUGCUGUGAGGCAUGCGGGAUUUUCUUUCCCGACCAGGGCUUGAACCCGAGCCCCCUGUGGUGGAAGCUCAGAGUCUUAACCACUGGACCACCAGGGCAGUCCCUACAGUAGGUUUUUGAUGAAUCCUUUUUGACUUAUUGUCAUUUGCUGGCACUUAUUGCCAAAGCAAAGAUGCCUUUGAGUUGUUUAUCUGGAUUAGGUUGGAGUGUUAAUGCAUACUGCAUCCUUUUGUAAUUAUACCUCUUAAGUUGAUUGUUUAGUGAUAUAAAACCACUUGGAGGAAAGAUAAUGUUCAUGUAUGACAGUAUUACUUAUGAAAAAGAAUAAACUGGGUAAUUGGGAAAUCAAAAAAAGUAUGUAACAAUUUAUAUCAAAUUUCUUAAACUCACUGUAUUACCACAAUCUCUGGUUCUCUUUCCUUCCUCUUUGACACCCUUGUGCUUUUGGCCUCAGAAAUAGUCUGUUUCACACGUUCAGUUUCUUGCCACAUCUGGAUGUAGCAUAUCUGCGGUAUUUUCUAUUUCAGCUGCUGUAAUUAGACCCUCUUUACCUAAACCUUGACUUAUAUAAUAAUUUAUUUCUUUGCUUUAAUAUUUCUUGCAUAUUUGUGACAUUAAACUUCCUUAAAGUACUACAGCUUUCAUCAUAUCUUCCAUGCUCAGAAAUUUCAUUGGUGUUACAUUACCUCCAAAAUAAAGUCCAGAUUUCGUAAUCUGCUUUUUAUCACUA